AUGGCUAGUAAACGGAGCUCUACCGUGGUAAGUACUUAGCUCAAACCUUUUUUCGAAUUUCUGUCUCGUUGUUUCUUCGUGAUUGUCUUCGUGAAGCACAAUAAAUAUAGAGCAAUAUGACAACAAUUAGCAAACAGCUGGAACCGUAUCAAGAAUCACGUAUCGUCUCUUGAUCACCCUGGUAUUCUAGGGUUGCAUAAUUUCAGCCAGAAACUUCAACUGUAAGCCAAGGAUUGCAUAUCCUUUUAAAUGUACUCCUGUGAUUUUAAUAGUUGCUUUAAAUGUUAACUUGAAAUCAUGUUUUCCACCUGAAAUACUUCACUUCCUUCACACUUGUCAUAAAUUUUCGAUUGCUCAACUGUAUCUGAUAAUUAUUCAUCAAGGACGAAGUGACUAUUGUUUAAUAACUGCGAGACAAAGUUGAGGGGAUUACGCAACCAUUUUCAUAUAGCCUGAGUUGAGGUGAAUAAUUAUUAAUUGUCAGAGCUAAACCGUUUGUUUUGUUUUUCUCUGCCUCCAACUUUUUGCCCAUCAAUGAAGGGAAGCAGAGUUUGGCAUGAGGAUCACAUUGUUAAUAUGUAAACUGAAUGAAACAUGACAAUGUGUAGUGGUCUUGUCAAAAUUUUUUGCAAGAACUUGUUUGAUAUAAUUGCUCUGCUGGUGAUUAUCAAGAUGUGAAGGCUCUGAUUUGUCGAGGAUUGAAUCAUAUCUUGCUAUAAUUACCUCAUGCAAGGUGAUUAUUGCAGGAAUGUGUUUCGUUAGUGUAACCUAGGAAGUGAUGACAAAAAUUUAAUUCCUAAGACCUCAAAAGAUGCUUUGUAGUUUGGAGUAACACUUUUCAAAAGAAGAUAUGAAAUUUUUGCUGGUUGAAUUAGUGAACCCAUGAAAUUCAAGUAGAAACUGGUUCUUUAAUCAAAACAAUUGAAACAGAAUGGUUUCCACAUCAAAACAAAUAUUUGGAAAUUAAUUCCAAAAGCACCUAGUAAGGAAUUAUUUAUCAAAUAUUGUUAAAUAAUCCCCCUGACUUUUUGUUAGAAUUAUUCAACAAUUUUCACUUCACCUUCAGGGAAUUAUUGUUAAUGACAAUGUCUCAUAGUUUGUUAAUUGCAGUCAUUCCAAUAAGAUAAAAAUAGCUUCCCAGCUAUAAUCACCUUGUUUUGGGUGAUUAUAGCAAGAUAUGACAUAAUCCUCAACCCAUCAGAGUACAAAAAUAUCCACAGUCAUCUGAGCAAUUACAAAAAUCUAACAUCUAUGUCAAGUCUCUUGAAUACAGAGUGAACAUAGUUCCCCUGUAACUAUGUUAUUCCUUGUAACUAUGCCUUAUCUCCUUAAUAAAAUCAAAUUUGGAUACUUUUUCAAUAAAAAUGGGAAAUCUCAGAUUUCUCAGAGUAUAGCUUGUUAUCAUAAUAAUGGAGUUUUCUAAAAAAAACAUACCCCCUGGAAAUGGUUUGUCUCAGAGUAUGGCCAUUUCAACGGAAAGUCCUAACAGAGAUAGCUUUUUUUCUGAUUGAUUGCUUUAAAUUUUGUUUUAAGUCCCAAAGUCCUACUGAGAAUUGGACAGAUGACCUUCCAGUCUGCAAAUUGUCUGGGGUUGGUUUCCUUACAAAUCAAAGGUACAGAGAGGAUGGUGGAAGAAGGGAGGAACAUGAAUUAGAGGACAGGAGUUUCCAUUUCAAUGUAGAUGACACAUAUCUCUAUGGAGUCUUUGAUGGUCAUGAUGGAACAAGGGCUUCAGAUUUUACUGUUCAGAGACUCCCUGCUGAGCUAUUACUUGGUCAGCUAACUGGUUAGUACGAAACUUGGUAAAAUUAUUUUUUUAAAUAAAUUAUUGUUAUCUUUAUUAUUAUUACAGAGGGCUAUAACUUACUCAAAAAUAGGCCUUUUGUAGACAAGGACCAUCACAUGAAUUCUUGCAUACAUUUAGUUGUGAUCAUAUAUAAAUUGUUUUGAUUUAUGGGUAAAACAAGAGAGCCUUGUGUUAUGACUGAUGUCUCUUUUCUCUCAUUGUAUAUUUCUACUUGAAAAUAUAGUGAUAAUGCAAAGAUUAAAUUUCUUUAGUUCACUUGGGAUUGGUUAUAUGGCAGCAUUUGAACCUCAGACUCACUUUCAGUUUGUAGUUUGGAGAGCUAACAAGUCCUGAAUGAUAAUAUGUUUUUAACUCCCAUGAGUGACCAAGACAGAAUUUCUCCUUACAUUAUUAAUACAAUAUCAAGCAGACAAGUCAUGAGAAUAAAGGAAAAUAUUAAUUAGGGGAUUAUUAGUUGAUCCAACACUAAAUUCUCUAAACUAACAUCACAAGAAUUAUAUGACGAGCAGUAAGGAGAAUUAAUAAUGAGAUCUUGGGAGUUAAAGGGUUAGGUGACUUCAAUGAAUGAUUUCAGAUUUAUACCUUAUAAAAGUGGAUGAAUGAUCGCAUACUGGUAUUGUUAAAUUGCAUUACUGAUCAAGAUGUUGUGAUGUUGUGACAUUGUAUCUAUUAAUUGCUCUGAAACACUUGGUAAUAUUCUUAUCAAUAAUCUAAUCUCUGAUUGUCAACAGCUGAUAUGAAUGAUGAGCAGAUCAAGGGAGCCAUCAGGCAGGCCUUUAUUGUAGUUGAAAAAGGAUUCUUCCAAUCAUUAGAUGAUGCUUUGGCUGAGAAGACAGAAAUUCAAUUAUCAAUGCCUGAGGUACAUUUUGUGUUCUUUCUUGUACUUUAAUCUUUUAAUGUUAGGAGGAUUCCAAUUGGAGUUAUUGUUUCAAUUUAAAAAAAAAUCCCCAACUACUGAAAAUUUUUAGAUUUUUAUUUUAGGAAAGUUUUAAAUUGGGUUAUUAAAAGGCCUGUGGCUGGAUGCAUCUGAAUCUAUUUUUUUUUUUUUGCCCUCAAGUAAAGGCAUUAAGUAAUGAAUAUCAAAAUUUAACAAACUUGUAUAGACCAAAUGAAAAUAUGGCAGCUUACUUGGAGGGCACAUGUCAAUUUGCAUGAAAGUUAGCUUGUCUAGGUAGGCCUCAGGGCUUGUUUAAAAAUGCAGCUCUUGAAUGGCAAUGGGUUGUUGGCAAAAUAUUCUAUUACACUAUGCCUAAGAAUUCUUUUGUUCCUGGAUGUUAAGGAAAGAUGGGUAAAGGAACUCCCUGUUGGAAAAUGGUUGUAUGUCCCAUCCAUAUUGAAGGCCUUUUCCCCUUUGCACUCUUUUUGCAAAUUCUAUUUUUGAUUUUUUGUGUGCAAAUUAGCCUACCCUAUGUUUCAUCCCCAACUCCUGUUAGUAAGGAUAGGCAGUCACCAAUACUAAAUAUUCGAUUCUGGUGAUUUUUUACUGCCUUAUUGAUACUGCUAUAGAGAACUGAACACUUCAUAACUUUAACAGUGCAAGAUAGUCAACUUGAUAAAUGAAUGAAGAUAAAGGGAUCGAAAAUCCCUGAAUAAAAAUCAUAAACGGCGUUGGCGCCAAGGCUCAAAAUGAAACAAUUUGUUGAAACAAUACAAAAACAAUCUAUGGGCGUAAUUUUCAAUGUGCAAAAUUCUCAGUUAUUAUAUGGUCCUUACCGACAGAAGAAAUCUUUUAGGUACACGGGCAAAAUCGGCCAGUGACAAAUCUUCCAGUUCUCGAUUUUCGCUCUCAGCCGCGAGAAAUGCUAAUACCAAAGCCACCGAAUACGUAGCUUUGGUUUUUCUUUCAGUAUUUUGGUUUUCUUCCCCUUAUAGGAAAGUUUUAACGUCACUGUCUGUACGCGAUACGGAAUUUUUAGUGUUUUUUUAGCAGCCAUAACCCAAAACAAAUUCCGACAAACGACCUUAGAUUGAGAAUGGCGAAGGCUUCGCCGUUCAUUCAUCAACCUGACCGAGUGGCGCGAAAGGCGAGUGACGUGUCAGCGGCUGAUUGGCGAUAUCAAACACACGUGAAAAAAUACGAUAUUUUUUCACGUGUGUUAUUACGGCUUUUGUCAGAGCUGGAAAUCCUUGCAUAACUCCUUAGUUUAUAUGAUAAACCGUAUAUUUCACGAAUUAAGAUACAUGACUAAUCAUUAAACUUACUGACGCCACAGUAUCAAUAUCAAAGAAAAACGUCAGUUUAACAGAUAGAUUCCAAGUUGCCGUGCGUCUGUUCAGUAAUAGAUCACAGAUGAUGUUAAAAUGUGGUAAGAACAAAAAAGUGGCACACAAGGCGCAGCCGAGUGUGUCACUGAUGUUCUUACCACAUUUUGACGUCCUCUGUGAUCUAUUACUGAACAGACGUAUGGCAACUUGGAAUCUAUUUGUUUUAUAUAAUAAAGAAUUUAAAAAAGUUUUAAUGAUGACGUCAUCUAUCCUCCAAUAGAUCAUAAGUGAGAACCAAUCAGAAUGCGUGCAUAACUGAGCUUAUUAUAUAAACUAUACUUGAAAACCAUAUCAGUUCUUCCUUACCCCUUAGUAUUUCUUCACCCUCUUCUGGUAUCCAUACUGUAUGCGUUUAGUUUCAAUAGUUCCCAUCCACAUGUGGCCAUUUUCUUUAAUUUUCUUGCAUUUUAUUUUCUUAGGGUCUGAGCUCAUAUGAAGCUUACCAACAGUUCCCAGAUGAGGUUGCCAGAAUGCAGGCCUUGCAAGAUGAGAUCAGUGGUGGUACUACUGCUGUAGUAGCUCUGAUUUUCCAAAAUAAACUCUUUGUGGCUAAUGUUGGUGACUCUAGAGCACUCUUAUGUAGAGAGACUCCUGAAGGAAGUAUUUCUGUGACGCAGGUAACAACAGUACAUAUUUUUAACUCUUUGACUCCUUAGAGUGUCUAGCAUUUAAUUUUUCCUUACCACGUCUUUUCGCCCCCCCCCCCCCUUGAAUCACACUUUAAGGUCAGAGGAAUAAAGGAAAAGCUUGCUAACUCAAGAGGCUCUGGCCUGUUCAACAAAUUCUCUCUUGUUAGCACCUUGGGAAACGUAUAGAGAACAGUGUGGAGAAUAUGCAUACCGAUGUUAGGGUAAAGGGUUAACUCCUAGUUACAGCGGCAAUACCCACGAGCACCAUAGCAGAGCAGAGAAGGCAUACAUUCAGUAAAUCUUUUACAUAGGUUGGUGAUCUCUAGGGUUUAUUUCCAUCCUAUGCUUGUUAACGGCGGAAUGUAAAAUAACAACUGCCUUCUGUAGUUAGCUGUAAUCACUUAUUUUGGAGCUUCUCCUUAGAAUUUAAAGUGACCUAGUCAAGCCAGGAAACUUAAAUUGCCAUUAACAUGAUAGCUUGCUCAUCUUGUUGUAUUGUACUGUUUUUGGGAAGGCAAUCCGUGCAGCGCUCCAAGUUGCGACUAUUUUGGUCGCCAUGAGGAGUAACAAAUAUAUUUGGCGACUAAAAAUUCGGCGAAAGUCGCCAAUUGGCGACCAACAGAUUUGGAAAAAAAAUCGCAAAAUCCAUCGAUGUUUGGUCGAAUUAACAACCGUAAAACGCCGGUAACGCAAUAUGAAAUGUCCUCCCAUUGAUGUGACGAUUUCGGCGACCAAAUUAUUUCUAUGGCGACCAUUUUACAGCUAAAGGUCGCCAAAGGGCGAUUUUUUAAAAAAUUGAGCUUAGAGCCCUGCAGUGUGUAAGUUUGAUUGAAGGGAAGCCGAGUAAUAACUAGCGAUUGAAACACAUCUUUUAGGCUGGGCCAAACUUGUAUUGUUCUGUGUUUCCAAAUUAGAAAUAGUCCUUAGUUUGCAAUGUUGGUGUUUAGUGCUUCUUGCAUAGAGAACUGUAGCAUUUGAUAGACUUGAAGUAAAAAGAUCAAGGUUGAGGCGAAUCAGAAGGCAUUUUGUCAUUUUGUUGGCGAAAGCUUUUCUUUAAAAAUGCCGCAAUUUAAACUGAGAAGGGGAAUGUACAAUCUCUAAAACGCGACCUUUUUUCCUUUAUAUCCUCAGCUGAGUGUUGACCACGUCACAAGUAACAACGACGAGCUUACUCGGCUGGCAAAUCUGGGUCUGGACAUUCAGCAGAUAUUAAGGAAUCGUCGGAUUGGAAAUCAGGAGAACACAAGAAGUAUCGGAGACUAUUGUGUUAAAGGUGGCUACAAGGACUUUGAUAUUCUAAGGUGCUUGCAGUUUGUUUUGAUUUCUAAAUGCAUCUCUAGCUGUCCUCAAAUUUACAUCAUUAACUCAGUUGAUAGAACCACAUUGUCUUGUAAACACCCCCCCUUCCCCCCUCCCACCCACUCUCCACCGACGCCGCACGCGGUUUACCCCCUUUAAUCAUGAUCUAUGAUGAUUUCUGUAGUGCCGCUACUGAAGAGCCUGUUAUCGCAGAGCCUCACAUUUGCGGUGGCUUUCCAAUCGACGAAACCUUCCACUGUCUGGUGCUGAUGUCGGAUGGUGUUUACAAGUCCAUCGAUGAAGCGUCAGAUGUAGAAACCAAUUCCAAUUUUGAUGUUGUUCGGCUGGUCGCUGAAGAACUUCAUUGUCAGAAGAACAUGACUGGUGUGGCACAAGCUGUUGUGGAUAGAGUGGGCAGGGCACAUCAUGACACAUACAUGACUCAAAUGUCCAAGUGUCAGAAAAGAGAUGAUAUGACAUUACUGAUUCGAAUUUUCAAAGAGGAGAUCGCCAAUAGUUUGAAGAGUCCAAGGGCUCCCGGAAGACAGUCGGUGUCAGGUAGGUAUGCAACACUUUCUGGCAUACAUUGGAAAUUACGACUAAGAAUUGAUUGUCGGCGACCAGAGUUUCCAUGCGGUCACCAGCAGGCGACUGACUUGAAAUCUUGCUAGUGUUCGUCCUGCCAGCCUGUUCCAGGCUUCCAGAGGGUAAAAUGGAGUGAAGUAGCAGACGGCGUGAUAGCAGCGGAGGAGUGAAAAAACCAAUGGAGGUUUGGGUCGGGUCGAGUAAAGUACGCGUUCAUCACGCAACCCAACCCAACCCUCCCUCGUCUUUUCACUCCUCCACGACUGUUGCGCCGUUUACUAUCACACUUCGUUAUGCUGAACGCCUGGAACAGGCUAUCUUCCUGCAAAUCAACGCUCGACAAACAAUGCGUCCGCUAUUUUUUUGUUGCGCUCUUUUACACUUAGCUGGUCAAGAAAUACAAUCGAACCUCCCUUUGCGACCACCCCUCGAAAGCGAUCCCUCUUGUUUGCGACCUCUUUUUCAAACUACCAAAAGUUUCCGAGUCAAAUUCCUAUAAAAGGAUCCUCUCGUAAGCGACCACCUCAUAUAAGCGACCACUUUUAGAGAUACUCGUUUACAACGUUCAAUUUUUUUAAACUCCCAUAGGCGACCACUUGACCGGCAAUCGGCUUUAUCUCUCACGAGCGGUAACUGAAAAUUAUUUCAACAGACAUCAUGUAAGUGGUGCUACCGGGUGUGUUUCGUGAAAUUGUAUUUUGCUCUUAACCGAAAAUUUUUGCAAAUUGAAUAUUUUUGGCGACUGAAUUUUUCCAUCUGGCAACAGCCUGUUCCACGCGUUUGGUCAGUGAAACUAAUGAAACAAGGUUGUUUAAUCGCCACUUGGCGCCAGUGUAGAAAGUUAAUUCGGACCCUGCCCUCUUGGCGCACAUGCAGACUUUAUCAUUAGCUCACUAUAGUUGUGGUGCAUUACAGCGAUGCCUCCCAUGAGUCCCGGAGUGCUUCCUGUGUCUGUACCAUAUAACCCUUCCAACCCCAUGACGGGGAGUGCUCCUUCACUGUACAUACCGUCCGGAGUACAGACCAAACCUGCACCAAGCGGAAAUAGCCCGAGUCCUACCACGUCCACACCCACCAACUUAGUACCACAGGUAACCAUCUCGCGGUCGGACACUCAGAGUUCCGCUUCAUCGGCCAGCGGAUCGCCUUCUGGUUCAUUUCCUCCCGAGCAUGCAACUGCUUUGGGUGCGAGUAGUCAAGGUAUUGACGGCGAAGGGGAAAGCAACGAACAGGAACAAGGAACAGAAACCAGCGAAGAAACUAGGGUGCAUUCGUAUGUGGAUUUCACUGAUUUUAAUCGCCAGGUGGAUGAACUUGGAGCGGAUUAUGUUUAUGCGUGGGACAAACCCAAACCAGCGGCACCAACGACGCCGGUGUAGAUCUUUUUAUUUUUUGUAACUGAACCACUUUAAAUUUGAUUGUAGAAAAUUCUCUUUAAAAUUUUUCCCAGGGACGAUGGAGCCUAUUUUUAACUUGAAAGA